AUGUCGGAGGACGCAGGCUUUUUCAAGAAAACAUCCGAAGCGGUCGCCAAUGCGGGAGCGUCGGUCGCAGGCGCGGUGAGCGGGUCGCUCUCGAUGAACGCCGGGGCUAGCCACAAGAAGACAACGACCACGCGGACACGGAUCCCGGCAGAGCAGCAGCAGCAGCAGCAGCAGCAGCAAAUCCUUGCCAAUGGUGGGGCGGGACAGCCUGCUCAGGGGCGCAUCACUGAUGGUGGGAAGGGGCAGCAGAAGAGACUCACGCAGCAGGAGGCUGAUGCGCUGUACGAUGAGCGGAUCGAGGAUGAGUAUGCCAAGCGGGAGGGUGGCGCUUGA